AUGUUCCAGUGCUCGCAGUGUGAUAAAGCCUAUCAAAGAAAGACGCAUCUAUUGCGCCAUGAGACAACACCUGCCCAUUUUGCAAUAAAUCGUUUCAGAAACCGUACGUCACCUUGUUCUGCCCUACCUGAGAAUGUGAUUUUCGCUGACUUCAAAAAAGGGAGCAAGAUAUGCGCCAAAAAGAACAAUCAGCCGCUGCCUCCUGCAGCUCGACCUGGCCGGAAGCGACUGUCCUGUCAAGCAUGUUUCUCAGCAAAAGCAGCUUGCGAUCGAGGAUCGCCGUGCUUUCGUUGCCAGUCUUUAGAGAGACAAUGCAGUUUUGAGGCAUCUGCCGAUACUACUUGUUCUGCUCUUGUCUCCUCUUCACUGUCGCCUUCACCAUUGAUCAAUACUUCGCGGAGGGUUCCAAACGGUGGGGCUCCAUUCUCAUUUCUUCGACACUUUGCCAGCCCAUCGGUCCACAAAGACAGGCUUGCGAUAGGGGAGACUGCAAAAUGCUCCAUUCGCAGAAAUCUUGAAAAUUUAUAUUCUCAUCUUGAAGACGCUCUCGUACCCGCAGACCCGAUGGCGGCGUUUUCUGGGAAUUUUCAUAUGUCUGAAUUCUCCACUCAGCUUGCCUCAUCCACGGACUAUCUUCUCUCUGAAUACCCAUCUGAAGUUCUCUUUCCCUCGAAACUGUCAAAUCAACUUACUCAACUAAUGACUGAGCUGGUUGAAACAUCAAAAUCAAUGAUCAAUGGGCCCGAAGAUAUCCAGCAACCACUCGACAUCAUGGAAUUGACUGCGAUGUUGAGCGUUUUUAAUAUUUCAGCUUUCAUAUCAGCCUUUUUUCAAUCUCUGCACUGGCAUUUGCCGAUCGUUCAUUUCCCAACAUUCGACCCGGGCAACGUUUCCAGUUCACUGCUCUUGGCUAUCUCGUUAGCCGGUGCAGCGUAUAGUCUUCCUUUGGACGGUACGAAUUUUUCGCCGUGGAUAUUCGACGUGGCAGAGGAGUAUAUCUUCCGUCAAAUCGCGAACCUCUCGAAUGCAGCCUCUCCGGAGGAUCCCACGCAUGUGAUGCCUACCGUGCAGUUGAUACAAGGCGCCCUCAUAAUGGAAAUGCUCCAAUUUGGACGAGAUGACAUACAAACCAGACAUCGCAUCCGUAUUAUCAGACAUCCUUGUUUGGUAUCUACAAUAAGGUCCCUCGGGAUUCUUAAAUUGAAGCGCAGCACAGCUCCCAAGGUCUGUGAUGACUGGACAUGGAGAAUGCUGGUGGCAGAGGAGAUGUGUAUUAGAAUUGCAUGUUGGGUCUUCCUUGCGGACGGAUUUCUCACCGUUUGCUUCAAAAACCAUCCAGCACUAUCGGUUUUUGAGAUGCACUGUCAUUUUGCCUGGAGCGCUGAGCUAUGGGAAGCCGAGGAUGCCUCGUCCUUCGGUAAAAUUGCCACAGCCAAUUCAGAAGAGACUCCUCUUCCUCCUUUGAGCGAGGUGGUGGAGCAGUUACUUGAAACUCCCAGAAACGCUGGUCCAACGCCCUGGAGCUCGUCGGGCCUACUCAAGUACCUAUCGCUUGAAACAAUUAGUCGGGCUGCCGAUAAUUGGAAACGGAUGUGGGAUGUGGUCGUGGGAUCUUUGGGAAAAGAACAGCUAUUGCAUCUUGGCUACCCUAAACAUGCCGAAGAACUUUGGUGGCUCUUGAAUGCUACGCUAGAAGUGGCCAGCAAGGAUGAAAAGAGCUUCGCAUAUCUCGACAACGCUGCGACUGAUGAACUAGGAAACUUGAAUGAGUUCAUUCAAUGGUGCUAUCGGAGCGCUUCAUGA